GUCAUUAGAAUAAUAUUUUGGUUAAAAAUGAUCUGAUUGGCAGAUGCUGACAUUAAGAGUGUCAUUAUCAAAUCCAGGCAUGUACGUUACAGUGCAGAGACCAAUAUAUUCAUGAGGCAAAAGUACGUGGCACAAAUGCAAAAAUGCAAUACAGUCCUAUACUGUAUCUGGCAAUGUUUUUGUCUGCUUUAUCUGAAAAAGUGCAUGGACAUUAUGGAUAUAUCAAAAUGUUGUGUCAUGCAUCUAUCUCUCAACAAAAUGUUGAGCUUACUUACUCAGUCAACUACAACAAGUUUGAAUAUCUGAGAUACAACAGUACUGAGAAAAGGGUUGUUGGUUACACUGAAUUUGGAGAGAAAUGGGCAGAGGAUUAUAAUAAUAACAAGGUUGUACUUGCAAAGGGAGAUAUUCUUCUGCAACACUGCAUAAUGUUUAGAAAGUUCAUUGUCCCUUAUGGAGAGGUAACGGUAAAACCAGAAGUAAUUAUUUGGUCAGACAGGGAAGCUAAAGGGAAUGAGAAAGCUGUUCUGGUGUGCAGUGCCUAUGACUUCUACCCCAAACCCAUCAAACUGACAUGGAUUAGAGAUGAUAAAGAGGUGAUAACUGAUGUGACGUCCACUGAGGAGCUGGCUGAUGGAGAUUGGUACUACCAGAUCCACUCCCAUCUGGAAUACUUCCCCAAAUCUGGAGAGAAGAUCUCCUGUGUGGUGGAGCAUGCCAGCUACCAUAAACCCAUGAUCUAUCACUGGGAUCCUUCUCUGCCUGAGUCUGAAAGAUCUAAAAACAUUCUUGGGGCUGUGGGGCUGCUGAUGGGGGUACUUACAGCAGCCGGAGGACUGAUCUACUACAAGAGAAAACACACAGGCUUUUUCAGACUUCCAGUCUGUUUACUUCCACUUCAAACAAUGAACGGCACUGAAGAGCAGUAGGUCGUAAUAGCGGAGUCUGCAACAUCCCUUUUACACCAUCUGAGAGAACCGUGGCUUGCAAAAAAAAAAAAAAGCAAAAAAAAAAAAAACGUUUUAGCCUGAAUGCGUGUGAGUCGCUUUGGAUAAAAGUGUCUGCUAAAUGCAUAAAAUGUAAAUGUUAAAUAUUAUUGUGCUCGUGAAAGUGUCAGGGGGUUUUAAAUUCAAGAAUCACUUCAGGAUGGUCCUGCUAGUGAUGGGAAAAAAACUGAGC